AUGGCAGAACCCGCCGCAAAGCGUGCCCUGACCGAGGCCAAUGACCAGGGCAAUGGAGUGGAAAAGUCUCUCGAUGCGGCAGCAGCAACAACAUGGUCGCCCACCUCGUGGCGCUCGUUCCCCAUCCAGCAGCAACCCGAAUACGAGGACAUGCCCCAGCUCAAGCAAGUCUGCGACGACAUUAGCCGCUUACCCCCGAUUGUUCAACCUGCCGAAAUCGACCGUCUCAAGGCUCAGCUCGGCGAGGUGGCUGCUGGACGACGCUUCAUCCUGCAGGGCGGCGACUGCGCAGAACGCUUCAUGGACUGCACGCCAGACCGGAUUGAAGCCAAGCUCAAGAUUCUGCUGCAAAUGAGCCUGGUCAUGGUUUGGGGCGCCCGCGUGCCCCUCGUGCGCAUCGGGCGCAUCGCAGGCCAAUACAUGAAACCCCGCUCCCAGGCCCUGGAAAAGGUUGAUGGCCAAGAUGUCUACACCUACAAAGGCGACAGCAUCAACUCGUUUGACCUGUCUGCCCGCCAACCCGACCCCAACCGCCUUCGAGAAGCCUUUUUUUACUCCACCUCCACCAUGAACUACGUCCGCAGCCUUCUCUCCUCGGGCUUUGCCGAUCUGCACCACCCCGACACCUGGGACCUCUCCUUUGUCAAAGUCGGUGACAAGCGCAAAAUCUACGAAGAUGUCAUUGCCGUGGGACCCACCACCGUCAUCUCCGAGCUCAUCGACCUCGUCCGCAAGAUCAACCCGACCGAUGAACCCGGUCGCAUCACCCUCAUCACGCGUUUUGGCCACGACAAGGUCCAAGAACUCUUGCCCCCCGUCAUUCGCGCCAUCAAGGCUGCCAACAUUACCGUCGCCUGGGAAUGCGACCCCAUGCACGGCAAUACGCGCAAGGCCGACGGUGGCAUCAAGACGCGCUCCUUCGAUCACAUCCUAAAAGAGCUUCUCACCACCUUUGACGUCCAUCGUGACGAGCAAUCUUGGCUUGGUGGCAUCCACUUUGAGCUGACCGGUGACGACGUCACCGAAUGCACCGGUGGUUCCACCGGCCUGCGCGAUGCGGAUCUGGCCGCCAACUAUGAAUCCUUUUGUGACCCACGCCUCAACUGUCACCAGAGCCUUGAAAUGGCCUUUCUCAUGGCCGAACGCCUCAAACAGGUUCGCCACCAUUCGACUUGA